GAUAACCCUGCUCCAAUGGAGUCCUCUUCUCUGAAGGAUCUCGUGGGACCUCUCGAUCGUGGCUCCUACGUCUCCCUCCUCUCCAAGAUCAUCGGUGAGGCCCGCCAUGUCCAAAACAACCCGCCGGAACUGGUCCCCAAAGAGGAUCGCGUCGCCCGCCACGUUCUUGAUGUUCUCCUCCCUCUCUCCACCUCCACCGGCGGUGGCCCUCUCAUUGUCUCCCACGUCUCCUACUCCGAUGGCCGUGGGAAUAUCAUCGCUGAGUACCCUGGCUGUGAUCCCGAUCGCAUUCUCUCCUUCGUCGGGUGCCAUAUGGAUGUCGUCACCGCUGAUCCCUCCGAUUGGGAUUUUGAUCCGUUCUCGUUGAGUGUCGAUGGGGAUAAGCUGAGAGGACGGGGGACGACGGAUUGCCUAGGGCACGUCGCGCUGGUGGCGGAGCUUAUGCGGCGGCUCGGGGAGACCAGGCCAGCGCUCAAGAACACGGUUGUCGCCGUCUUCAUCGCCAACGAGGAGAAUUCCUCUGUUCUUGGCAUUGGGGUUGAUGCACUGGUCAAGGAUGGCCUUCUUAACAAACUCAAGAAGGGCCCGCUGUUUUGGAUCGAUACUGCAGAUAAGCAACCCUGUAUUGGCACUGGAGGGAUGAUUGCUUGGAAGCUUCGAGCCACUGGGAAGCUUUUCCACAGUGGUCUGCCUCACAAGGCUAUUAAUCCUUUGGAGUUAGCCAUGGAGGCACUUAGAGAAAUCCAGUCAAGAUUCUAUAAAGACUUUCCUCCACAUCCUAAGGAAGAAGUCUACGGUUUCGCGACACCAUCUACCAUUAAACCAACUCAAUGGGGCUAUCCUGGAGGUGGUGUCAAUCAGAUUCCAGGUGAGUGUACAAUAUCAGGGGAUGUAAGGUUAACUCCAUUCUACAGCACAACCGAUGUGGUCAAGAAAUUGCAGGAAUAUGUAGAUGAUUUAAAUGCAAAUAUAGAGAAGCUGGAUUCCCGAGGGCCAGUUUCAAAUUAUGUGCUUCCAGAUGAAAAUUUGAGGGGAAAGCUAAGUAUCAGUUUUGAUGAAGCGAUGAUGUCUGGUGUUGCAUGUAAUCUUGAAUCACGCGGGUUUCAUGUCUUAUGUAAAGCGACUGAGGAAGUGGUUGGAUAUGUCAAGCCCUACUCAAUCACAGGAAGUUUGCCUUUGAUUCGAGAGUUGCAGGAUGAAGGCUUUGAUGUGCAAACAUCCGGUUAUGGAAUAAUGGCUACAUACCAUGCAAGGAAUGAGUAUUGCCUGUUCUCUGAUAUGUGCCAAGGUUUCCAGGUUUUCAUCAGUAUUAUCUCCCAACUGGAAGUGGGCAGUGCCUGAAGGUGCGUUGCUGUUAAUUUCCAGGGUUUGAUGCCGGGUUACUGUUCAGUGGUCAACAUAUGCUGCCUUGCCUGCCUUGGGCUUUUUUAAUUAAGUUUAAUAGCUGUUUAGGAGCCAUUUUCUUCAUUAAAAUCCUCAAAUAUUAGAAUAAAAACAUAUUCCGAGGAUGGUUGGAUAUGACCCUUACAUAUCACAUCUUUUCUGUUAGAACAAGCAACUGAUAAAGCGUUGAAUUAGACAACUGUGCUAUCUUA